AGUGAGUCAACCUGCAGCACUUCCCUAUAACUCCUUCCACUGCGUCUCAGGUCUGGCACGGAUCAGCCUCCUCUGCACCCUCUCCUCUCUAACAACUCUCCCAAGAUGGCUUCUGGAGUUAAAGUGGCAGAUGGCGUAAAAGAGAUGCUCCUCUCAAUGAAAUUAAAUAGGAGCUCAGACGAUGCAAAUGAGCGUAUCAGAGUGGUUGAGCUCGGCCUGAACGACGCCAACACAGAGAUCGAAGUGAAACAAGUCAUCAUGGAGAAGGAUGUUAAGACUCUGGGCAACGUGUUUAAGUUUGUUCAGUGUCUAAUGGGUGAAAAGGAAUGCAGAUACAUCGUGUACGACUGCCAUUAUGAAACCCCUCAGACCAAAAAGGAAGAUCUGAUCUUUAUUAUGUGGAGUUGUGACCAUGCCAGCCCCAAAAGCAGAAUGGUAUAUUCAAGCUCCAAGAGUGCUGUAAAAAAAAUUAUGGAUUUCAAGUUCGAGUUGGAGUUGCACGGGAAAGACGAGACUACCCCGCAGUCAUUUUGUGGAAAAAUGGGAAAGGAAAAAGUAUUGAAGUUGGAGGGCUUGGAUGUAAAGGAAAGUUAGAAGAACAAAUGUUUAGGAGCAAAUUGUCAAGGACAGUUGAGGGAUUUUGAAGAGGGGCCUUGUCUCAAGAUUCAAAAAGAUAAAUAUGUUGACAGUUGUAAUUUUUACAUGAUCUUAAUUAUUUGCCAGAUUUAUUAUGAGCACACAUGGGACACAUUUGUCUUUACUCGGGAGUUGUAUUCAUUCUUGCUGUAGUGUAACUAAAACAUGUCAAUGUUUCUGGACUUUUAUGUCAUCUGGAAGACCAGAUACAGCUUUGAAUAAAAAAAUUUAUAU